AUCAAGGAAAAACGGCACAGUUUCAGAAUCGACGCACAAUAAACGUGGAAAGCGGUCGUGAUGGUUUCAAGUCAUUAGAUGUUUGAAAGGAUACAGUCCCGGUCAGAGACAUAAUAAUGGACCGUUACAGGUAUUUCAUCUUCAAUCAGAAGAGUGUGGUGGUCUUCGGCAUCCUUCAGGUGGCGUGCGCGGGGCUUUGCGUGGUUUGCGGCUUUAUGGAUGCAGUCUUCCGCAAGAGCACUACUCUGAGUGAAACUAGAGCUACACUCUGGGCUGGACUGAUUAUGGCUGCCCCUGGUGUGCUUGCUCUCUUUGCAUCCCAGAAGAAAAACCCAAUUUUGGUAAAUGUCAUGAUCGCAUCAUCUGUAAUGUCGCUUUUUGCUGUUGUGAUUGUCUUCGUUUAUGCUUGCGUCACUCUCAGCUAUGGAGAAGAGGAUGAUGAGAUCUUCCAUGCCCAUCCUAUCCCUGAAGUGAGGUUUGUCCUCAGCCGGAUGGUGAAAGGAGCAAACAGCACCCUUCUGUUGGCCUGCAUGGGGUCCUUGCUCUUUUCUUCUCUCAUUGCAUAUGUUGGCUGCCGCAGUCUGCCACUUUGUGGCUGCUAUGACUCCGUGAAUGGCAUGGAGUUUCUGGUUUAUCAGAAUGACCCUGUUACUCCAACUGAACUUGUAUGCUCUUGGCGAGAUGAUGAGCGAAUCUUUAACUCCCCCAUGUCAUUCAUGGAUCACUGUCCUGAACAGGAACAGCAAGACCUCUCCAUGCUUCCACCAUAUAGCAGACUAGCUCAGUAAUUGGAUUAUUUUUU